CACAGAGGCCGCAUUUAUACAUAUCUGUAAGAGAGGGCGUUUGUAUGUGGUUAAGAAAACGAGAUGGGAAAACAUGUUCACUUCGUCCAUAAUGAUGAAAUCUGGAAAGACCAUGUGCACAGAGAAAUGCAGUCCUUUAUUAAGAAAUGGCCUGAAAGCUGGGGAUUUCUGAAAACGGAAUACACCAGGAUGAAUCGCAUAUUGGUCGGCAAGCGAGGAACACCUUCACCAACGCCUCCUACAUCAGAUCGUUCUUUAUUACUACAGAAGCCACAAAAACUCUUGCGCCUCCCACCCAUUCAAGGUGCCAAUUUGCUGAAAGGGAUUAAACCCGGAUUCCCUGUGACAACAGCACAAGAAGUUGGAUGGAAAUCCACAAAGAAGGAUUGUCUACUAGAGAAAUAUGGUCGCCAUGCUCGUGGCCAGACAGGAAUUAGAAAAUUAUUUAAUUGGCCACGAGAGGGACUCGAAUGAUUUACACAUGAAAAUAAAACUCACAAAUAGAAGGAAUUGUUAUAAUGUCAUGUUUAAAAGUAAACAGGUAUUUGUAAAAGUAAAAUUAUAUGAAUGAAAAUAUAAACAAACUUUUGGGUUUUCCGAAAAAAAGUAAUGCAUAUGACAUUGUUAGCUUAAAAUGUGUUAUGUAAUAAAGGUAUUGAAUAUAAAAAUCUGCAAAAGUGGAACUCCAUAAAAAGUUUGUAUAAAUAUACAUCUCAUUUUAUUAUU